AUGAUUAAAUGUAAAAGUUGUAGACAAAAAUUAAAUGAAAUAAAUUUUUGUUUAGAUAAUAAAAUAUAUAAAACAUGUAAUAAUUGUCGUGAUCGAAGUAAAAAUAAUCGUUUAAAGAAAAAUAUAAAAUUAUGUUUAAUUUGUAAACAAGUUUCAAAAAAUAAGAAAGAGCAUUGUGAUGAAUGUGUAUUUAAAGUUUCAUUUAAACAACAUCAAAAUGAACAAAAGAUGUUGAAUCUUAUUCAAGGAAAACGUUGUUCCCAAUGUAAAUAUUUGAAACCUGAUAACCAAUAUCAAGGAGAAAAUAAAUCGUGUGAAGAAUAUGAAAGCGAGGUAACUAAAUAUAUACAUAAUAAUAAACAUGAAAUUGAUGUUUGUUUAGUAUGUAUUGAAGAUAAAGAACAUCCAACAUCAGAAGGGUAUCAGAAAAUAAGAGAUAAAGAUAAAAAAUAUUUGGAUAGUAUUUCAGAAGGAGAUCAUCGUAUAGUUAAUUUUUUGAUGCAAAAAUGUUGUUACGAAGAAAAAUGGGAAAUUUAUGAAUAUAGAAUUAAAUUGAAAGAAACAAUGAAAAGAUAUAAAAUUAAAAAUAUUUAUGAAAUUGAAGAAAUAUUAUAUAAGAUUGAUUUUAGGGUAUCUAAAUUAAUAAUAGAGUUAUUAAGAAAAAAUAAGAAGAUUAAUGAGAGUGAAUAUAAAAUUAUUUUUGAGUUAAUGACUAAAAUUAAAGAAUUAUAUGAUGAGUAUAUUUGUGGAAUAUCUGAAUAA